AUGCGGCAAGUGAUCCAGGAUCUGGUGGAUCGGGGGGCGGCGCCCGGCAUGAUCCGCAUCGUCAGCGCUGUCUGCGCCCCGCCGGCCCUCAAGCUCCUGGCCGACAAGUUUGUGGGCCUCAAGAUAUACACUGGUAUCAUCGACGCCGAAGUGAAUGAGCAGGGGUUCAUCAUCCCUGGUCUCGGAGAUGCUGGGGACAGGGCAUUCGGCACAUGA